UAGGCAGCUGGAAAACUUUAUUUCUGAGGGGGCGCAGGUGUAGUCCUGCCGACUGCCAGUUCCUCUUGCUCCGAGAUGGCUCUGCAGGUCCCCAGCCUCCUAGCCGCCGCUGUGGUGGUGCUGACCGCGCUGAGCAGUCCAGGCGCCGAGGGCAGAGACACCCCGAGGGACUCCCUGUUCCAGUUCAAGGGCCAGUGCUACUACACCAACGGGACGCAGCGCAUUCGGAGUGUGGUCAGAUACAUCUACAACCGGGAGGAGUUCAUGCGCUUCGACAGCGACGUGGGCGAGUACCGCGCGGUGACCGAGCUGGGGCGGCCGGAUGCCAAGUACUGGAACAGCCAGAAGGACAUCCUGGAGGGGACGCGGGCCGAGGUGGACACGGUGUGCAGACACAACUACGAGGGGCUGGAGGUCUCCUCCCUGCGGCGGCUUGAGCAGCCCAAGGUGGCCAUCUCCCUGUCCAGGACCGAGGCCCUCAACCACCACAACCUGCUGGUCUGCUCGGUGACAGAUUUCUACCCAGCCCAGGUCAAAGUGCGCUGGUUCCGGAACGGCCAGGAGGAGACCUCGGGGGUCGUGUCCACGAAACUUAUUAAGAACGGGGACUGGACCUACCAGGUCCUGGUCAUGCUGGAGAUGACCCCUCAGCGGGGAGACGCCUACACCUGCCACGUGGAGCACCCCAGCCUGCAGAGCCCCGUCACCGUGGAGUGGAGGGCGCAGUCUGAGUCUGCCCAGGGCAAGAUGCUGAGUGGCAUCGGGGGCUUCGUGCUCGGGCUGAUCUUCCUCGGCCUGGGCCUUUUCUUCCGUCACAGGAGUCAGAAAGGGGCACGAGGGCCUCCUCCUGCAGGGCUCCUACAGUGACUCUGAGAGUGAGUUGACUGUCACACUGUAAGGCCUGAAUGUCCCCAGCACCUGUCUGUGCCAGCCUGCCUGCCACGCUCUGAUUUGGAGUCCAGCAGACUGCCAGUGUACCCAGCUCAGCUCUUGUGAUCCCGAGUCCCCAAGGCUCUGUCUUUGGCUCUGCCCCUGAGUGAUUCUAGAGACUCCGUCCAUGUGCUUCCACUCUGCCCAUGGACCACAGCGCCAUCUACUCGGACCCCAGGCUUCUGUCUCCGCUCUCCCUCACAGGCUGCUGAAGAGAUGUGCUGAAACCAUUUGCCCCUUUUUCAUGAUUAAACACAUUCUGAACCA